AUGGGAAAGAUGAGCAACGUAACAGAAUUCAUCCUACUGGGCCUGACUCAGAAUCCAGACCUGCAGAAAGUCUUGUUUGCUGUGUUUUCAAUCUCCUACCUGAUCACACUGGCAGGUAACCUGCUCAUCUCGGUUACCAUCUUCAUCAGCCCAGCCCUGGGUUCUCCCAUGUACUUUUUUCUGUCCUAUUUGUCCAUUGUAGAUGGUUUCUACUCUUCCUCCAUAGCACCCAAAAUGAUCUUUGACUUGAUCUCUGAAAAGAACACCAUAUCCUUCAAUGGCUGCAUGACUCAGCUCUUUGCUGAACAUUUCUUUGCUGGAGCUGAAAUCAUCUUGUUAGUUGCCAUGGCCUAUGACCGCUAUGUUGCCAUCUGUAAGCCCCUGCACUAUAUGACCAUCAUGAGCCGACGUGUGUGUGGUUUCCUGGUGGGAAUGGCUGGAGUCUUAGGGUUUAUUCAUGGAGGGAUCCAGAUUUUAAUCAUAGCUCAGUUACCAUUCUGUGGCCCCAAUGUCAUCGACCAUUUUAUGUGUGAUUUAAUACCUGUCCUGGAGCUAACCUGCACAGACACUCACACGUUGGGGCCCCUGAUUACUGCCAACAGUGGGUCACUGUGCUUGCUCACUUUUUCUAUGCUGCUUGUUUCCUAUGUCAUCAUCCUGUGCUCCCUAAGGACUCGCAGCUCUAAAGGGCGUCGCAAAGCCCUGUCGACGUGUGCCUCUCAUGUCACUGUUGUCAUCUUAUUCUUUGUACCUUGUUCGUUCCUGUACCUAAGACCCAUGACCUCCUUCCCCGCUGACAAAGCUGUGACUGUGUUUUGUACCUUAGUAACUCCUAUGUUGAACCCUUUAAUCUACACCCUCAGAAAUGCGGAAGUAAAGACUGUCAUGAAGAAGCUCUGGGGGCAAAUAAUGAACAAGGAUGAUGAAUAA